AUGUCCUCAUUUGCCCUUCGUCCAGCACGCCCGGAAGACUUCUCUCAGAUUGCUGUCAUCUUCAAUCACUAUAUUGAGAGCUCUCUCGCCACGUUCCGCACCGAGCGUGUCGACCGCGCCGCACUGCUCGACACCUUCUACUCGGUCGUCGAGCAACGGCUGCCGUACAUCGUUGCUAUUGCUUUCGAUGACCCAGACGAGCCAUUUGUGCUCGGGUAUGCGUAUGCAUCUCGCUACCGCCCCGAGCGCGACGCCUACCGCCACACGGCAGAGUUGUCCAUAUAUGUCCAUCCGGAUCACCUCUCGGCCGGCAUCGGUACUCUCAUGCUGGACAACGUCCUUGGCCUUCUCCGUCAAACCACCAAGCCGUCGUUGCUUCUGGGCGCUGUAGCUGAGCUGGCGCCAGUACGUCAAGUCCUGGUGGUCAUGGCGCUCGACACGGAAGGCCACAAGGGUGGCUUCGGACAGCGCGAUUGGUAUGUGAAGCGCGGGUUUGUGCAGGUUGGGCACUUGCGGGAGGUGGGCUACAAGUUCGGGCGAUGGGUCGACACGAUCAUCCUGCAGCUCUCGCUGAACUCAGAAUGA